GUGUGCGUGCGAGUCUAAAGUCGGGGAAAUCUAAAAGUAAAUGCAAUUAUUUUCGCAGAAAACAAGGAGGCGCGGGCGUCUGAAAGUAACGAGGCAGAAAAAGAACCGAGACGGCCAAAGACGACACACACACAUCCGGCAGAAUCGCAACCAUAAUAGAAGCAGUGCAGUGCGAGGCCAGAACAAUGACAAGUCGCCAGCGAACGGUGAUUAUAUUCAAAUCCGAAUCGGACAGCAGUGAUGUUUAUGCGGAAACGCUGGAGAAGCAUGACUUCAAUCCGGUGUUCAUACCCACGCUAAGUUUCGGCUUCAAGAACCUGGUGGAGCUGCGCGCCAAGCUCCAGACACCGGACAAGUAUGCCGGCAUCAUAUUCACCUCGCCGCGCUGCGUGGAGGCUGUGGGCGAGUCCCUGAAUCUCGGGGAACUGCCCGGCGGAUGGAAGCUCUUGCAUAACUAUGCCGUGGGCGAGGUGACCCACAAUCUGGCCCUGAGCACCUUGGACCAGCUAUUCACGCACGGCAAACAGACGGGCAAUGCGCGGGCUCUCGGUGAUUUUAUUGUGGACACCUUCGAUGGUUCCCGGGAUCUGCCGUUGCUUCUUCCCUGCGGCAACCUAGCCACGGACACGCUGCUCUCGAAGCUGGCGGAGAAUGGCUUCUCCAUCGAUGCCUGCGAGGUGUAUGAGACGCGAUGUCAUCCCGAACUCGGACCAAAUGUGGAGCGAGCCCUGGCCACCUAUGGCGAGUCCCUGGAGUUCCUGGCCUUCUUCUCCCCGUCGGGCGUCAACUGUGCCCAGGAGUACUUCAAGGCGCACAACCAAUCGAUGGAUAAAUGGAAGCUGGUGGCCAUUGGGCCCAGCACCAGGCGGGCCCUGGAAUCGCAGGGCCUCAAAGUAUACUGCACCGCCGAGCGGCCGACAGUGGAGCAUCUGGUGAAGGUGCUGCUCAAUCCGCAGGACAGCAGAGAGCGGCUGCUGAAGGAGCGCGAAAGGAUGGCGGCCCUGGAGAAUAACAAUUAAGUGGCAACCCGUAACCCUAAGUCUGUUGAGAAUCUGGAGAAUCAUCAGUGGGAUUUGUACUCUCCCCUAGCGAAAAGCCCAAGAUGUACAUACAAGCAGCAGUCUUGAGAUUUGUAGUGCUAUGGCUUAUUGUAGCUAUCGUAGUGAUUUCUAAAAUGAUUUUCCUAUUUAAACUUAAAAAUUCGUAGUUGAUUUAAUUAAAUCUUUGCGGAGAGUACACUUUUAUUUCAAAUCCUGAGAUAAUAGAAAAUCCUAAAAAAGACACAAACAAAAGGAAAACUAAAAGACUAAACUAAACUAUAUUUUAUUUAUUUUUUAUUUUGUAUUGACCUCCGAACGAGAGUACAAAAUUAGCGGGCAUCAAAUGCCGGGCGACGUUUUCGAUCAAGCUGAAUAAAAUUGUUUCUAAAUUUA